AUGGACUCCGCCGAUGAGUUCUUUUUCCACAAUUUCCUUUGCGACUCCGAUGAUUCGUCGUCCGACGACGAGGAGGAUAUAUUAGCUGCCGUGUUGGUCCAUCACCACCUCAACAACCAGCGGCCGUUGUUCAGUGGCUCCAUUCCGGGCCACCUUCUGGGGUUGAAUCGCAACCGAGAGAGCGGCCUUUUCAACUGUAUUAGUGAGGGGGUGGUCAGCUAUGAUGACUAUUUCGAGUACAAAGAGGAUGCCAUCGGCAAGAUCGGUUUCUCCUCUUCUCAGAAAUGCACUGCCGCCAUCCGAAUGCUUGCAUACGGAGUGCCCGGUGAUCUCAUUGACGAGUACGUCCGUCCACUAACAAGCCAUCGAUCGAUAACCCAGCACCGCCGUAAAAAAAAGACAAAACCGGUCGCACGACUCUCGCCCCUGCGCGCACGACCUCCCCCUCCUCCUCCUCCCGCGUCGUUCGCCACCCCGCAAACUCCGUUAGCCGCCCUUCGCCGCUGGAGCCGUCGCCCGCGGAAGCCUCCGCGGGAGCAGCUGCGGGAGCCGCUCGCCGCUGCAGCCGCCACGGGAGAAGCAGCGGGAGCCGCCGCGUGUCGCCCUUCGCCGCGGGUCGCCGCCGGAGCCGCCCCUCCCCUGGAUCCGCUCGCCGUUGGUCGCCGCCGGAGCCGCCCCGCCCCUGGAUUCGCUCGCCGCUGGUCGCCGCCGGAGCCGCCCGUCGCGCCCCCACUCAGCUUGGCCUCCGCCCCGCCGUCCCCGGUCCUCAAGCAAGCUACUUCAAUUUUAGGUGAGCUGGCAGGGAUCACAAGCAUCGGUGUUGCAUUCUUGAAUCUCACAUACACAGACGUCGGCGGCGGAGACGAAGGCAAUUUGUACUGGGACGUCGUGGCCGAGCAGCAGGACCUCCGCCUUGACGAGCUGCUGGACCUAGGCCUCGACGAGACGCCGGACCUCGGCCUCCCUCUGGUUUUCAUGCUGGAACAGUUUUGUAGAGACAAAUUGGAAGAGUGCAGCUGCCCUGGCUCAUGGAAUUGGAAGAAUUUAUGCUUUUUUUCUACUAAAAAAGGAAGCUAUUUUUUCUGAAUCAUAGAAAGGAUGCAACUUUGUCAGGGGUAGUAGAUACAAAGUUCAGUGUCUACAGCAUAUAAACCGGAAGCCGUGCUUCCGGUUUCGGCAUAUAAACUUUUUUGGUCAUACAAUCUGAAUUUUUACCAUUUCACAUAGACAACCUAUCAUUUGUGGUUCACCACAUUUACAUGCUCUGAUUCCCACGCUCAUGCGAACAAGUAUAUGCUAGAAAUUUCAAAGUAUCGUGUCAGUUAGAAUUAUCACAUGGGUACCCAUUUUCUCCAUGAAAAUACCUCAUGUAAUGCUAUGUUCCAUAUUUUCUACAUUAUGAUAAGUUCAUAGUUUAUAUAUUGUUUCAACAUUAUAUUUUGUACUGAGACAUGCAGCCAUAUAUUCUAUUUCUACCUCAAUAUAUUCUCCCAUGUGCAUUCUAAUAGACAAUUGGCCCUCUUCUUUUUUUGUGAUAAUGAUAGUCCUUGAUGAAAUGCCACCAAGUUAGUCUACUAUCUCAAGUCAGAUUCGAUAAUAAUUUAUUUUACAUUGCCAUCUUUCUUGAUUACGUACCGUGUCGUUGCAGAUGAUCUCAGGUAAUCAGAUCCAACACCCAAAUUCAAUUUGAGUUGCUUUUAAAUGCUUCUGGGAGGCAUAUGAUGUUGAUAUGCUACAUUGUAGUUUAUGUUUGGUAGGCUAUGAUAUUUUUGCCCUAAACUGUCACAUUUCUUAAUUCCAAAAUUUAAUUGUUGUAGGCUGAACAUGAGCAUGUCUGUUUGUGGUGUUGAGGUAAAGCUCAGUUUGUUACGCAGCAGAGCCAAGGGCAUGUCAUGGACCAAGUAUAUCAAGUUGGGCAGCGUGUGCAGGUCGACAUGCUAUAGUAAUAUGCUUUUUAAACUGCUACAACGCAUGGCCAUUCGGCUAUUAUCUAAAUUAAUGCUUAUAUUGUUAGCAUAGACCUUUCAGCUAAAUUUGCAGCCAUGAUGUUACAUUGCCAAUAUUUUAGAAAACUGUAAUUUGCUGCCAUGAUGUUACACACGUGCAGGUCUAUGGUGGUGUCAUGAAUUUAGGGGUACAUCUCCUUGCACUCAGGUGGAAGAAAUUCCUCGCCCUCAAGUCCAACUAAUUCAGGACCUGCAUCUCUGAUAUACCGUGGUGAUUCAAGCUUACUCUUGAUCUGCCCACUACUUACCAUUCCAUUUCUUGGAUGAAAGGAAUGUUGGUUUAAUUUAACAUGCUGUUCAAUCUCAGAAGCACUUGAUGUGCUCAACUGCUGAUAUAUACAAGAAAUACCGGAUCUUGAUGAAGAUGGUAGUACACUUCAUUCACAAUUUAAAUUCUUAGUGUAUCUAUCAUCAUGUCCAGGUUGGUUCCUUUGUAAACACAUUUUAGUAUCAUUAUCCAUUCAGUGUUCUGUUUACAGUGUACUAUUAAAUGCCAUUUUCCAUGUGUAUUUUUGUUGAUUGUUGUUGGAUUUGGAGGCAAACUAAUUUCCUCCUUAAGUAUGAAUUAUCUGCCAUCUAUAUGACUUCGAAAUCUUCAUUUUGAAAUUAUGGAAGUUUAUUCCGCUCUUACAUUAAGCAAGUGUUUAGAGGAAGUUUUGCUUUUGUUUAGGCUCGAGAAACAAACUAUCAUGCAGUAUUGUGAAUUUGAAAUGGUCCUCUUCUCUUCCAAAAAUGCAUAGCAAAAUUUCAGGGACCUGCAGAUAGUUUCUUGAGUAACAAAUUUUAGGAGGUAUGACUAAUUUUCUUAUGAUAGUUCAGACAUGCUGCCAAUGAAAUUCAUCCUUUACAGAAAACAGCAAGUUGUUUAUUCAUGUGUUGUUUUGUUAUUAGACUGUAAGGAUAAGUUACCUUUUUGUUUUUACUGCAUCAAGGUUAAAAGCUUUGUUUUCUUUUGAUAGCUGCGCCUUUUUCUUCUACAAUUUAGUUUCUCGAGAGUAUGCCAGAGGCGUAUCAUACUUUUAUAGAAGAGAGCAAAGACAAUGUACAAGAAGCCUCGAAAUGGAUGCGAACAUCCACUCUCGGCCACACCCCAUUACAACCAAAGCCGGUGUACUCUAAACACCCCAGAUUACGGAUAAUUGUUUACAGAUAUUCUCACAGAUUUGGGAUGUAACAAUGGUUAAUCUGCUCUUCAUGUUUUUGAUAAUUGCUUUGACCAUGUGUUAAUUAGGCAUUACUAUGUAUCCGGCUUUUUCUAAGAUAUCUUUUAUGCCAUCAUUGCAUUGAACCAUGAGUGAAGCAAUGAUGUAAACAACUCUGGGGUAUAAUCAUUUGGCUGCUGGACUAAACAUAUAUCUUUAGGACAUAUUUCAAAACACAAAAUUUCAUGAUGAAAAUCAGCUUGUCCAUUUUCUUAUAUGGCUUGACUCUGUUCAAUCUUACAGAGAAAGGGAUUGUUUUCUUCUUUUGUGACAUGACAGGAAACAAGGUCAUGUGUGAGACAGAAGAGGCAACUGAUUUGGCUCUUCAUCAUGUUGAGACUGUUGCAGCCAUGUGUUAUGUGUCAAUUUCUUUCAUGGGACAGAGGAGGGUAGAAUGGGGAUGAUAUGGCUAAGAAGUACUCCCUCAUUUAGUGACUACUAGGGUGUCUGUACUAGCAACAUAAGUUACAUAAAUUGAUUGAUCUUGAACUAAUUUGCACAUUCUUUAUUUGUCCGUCAUUUAGUUU